UAUUGUUACUCUUACUCAUAUCAUAGAGAGAGAAAGCGGCUGCGUAGAAAGUUAAGUGUGCCAAGUUGAAGACGGUGGAAAUCGGAGAGAGAGAUAGUCGCAGUUGAAGUCAAAUCAAACACAAAGCAAUCCAAACCGGUUAACUGUUUCUUCUUCCUCCGAUCUGCACGAUGCCGUCCCGAAGAAGAACUCUAUUGAAGGUCAUCAUUCUCGGUGACAGCGGGGUGGGGAAGACAUCUUUGAUGAAUCAAUAUGUGAAUAAGAAGUUUAGCAAUCAGUAUAAGGCAACCAUUGGAGCGGAUUUCUUAACCAAAGAAGUGCAAUUUGAAGAUAGGCUUUUCACUUUACAGAUUUGGGAUACAGCUGGCCAGGAAAGGUUCCAAAGCCUAGGAGUUGCUUUCUAUCGCGGUGCUGAUUGCUGUGUUCUUGUAUAUGAUGUUAAUUCAAUGAAAUCAUUUGAAAACCUUAACAACUGGAGGGAGGAAUUUCUGAUUCAAGCAAAUCCAUCCGAUCCAGAGAAUUUUCCUUUUGUUGUUAUAGGAAACAAGAUAGAUAUUGACGGUGGGAACAGUAGAGUGGUCUCAGAAAAGAAGGCCCGGGCAUGGUGUGCAUCAAAAGGAAAUAUCCCAUAUUAUGAGACAUCUGCCAAAGAGGGUAUUAAUGUUGAAGAAGCAUUCCAAUGCAUAGCAAAGAAUGCCCUGAAAAGUGGGGAAGAGGAAGAACUAUACCUGCCAGACACAAUUGAUGUUGGAAACAGCAAUCAACAACGGGCAACAGGAUGUGAGUGCUGAAUAUAUAGAUUUUCAUCUCAGUACAAAUAAAGUAAAUUAUUUAUAAAUCAUUUUGGCAGUGUCUAGCCAUUUCUGUCUAAGGUUUCAUUGUACAUUUGUGUUGCUCAAGAAACAUAUUGUUCCAGUGCGAUUUGUUGGGUGCUUGUUUGGUUUGGUAUUAAUCGAUCAUGUUAGUUGUUCUCCUUGUAUGGUAUUCCAUCAUUGUAAAAGACAGCACAAGAUCAUUCUGAAGUUUUAUAAUUGCUUAUUUUUUCCCAGACGAAAA